UCUCUGACAAAACACAAGUCUAAACCAGAGACAGAGUGUUCUAGACUCAGUGAGAAACACAGAGAACAAUGGAGGGGGUGAGAAGGGGGUUUGGUUCUGGUUCAGCUGUGGCGGCUGUGGUGCUUUUGGCCUUGGUUUUGGUAAUGGUUCCAGAAGCCUCAGCUGCUCGUAUUACUGUGGGAGGUAACAAGGGCUGGUCUCCCAAUUUUAACUACACAAUUUGGGCGCAAGACAAGCACUUCUACAAUGGAGAUUGGCUCUUUUUUGUGUAUGAUAGGAACCAGCAGAAUAUCCUAGAGGUGAACAAGACAAACUAUGAGACAUGCAAUUCAGAUCAUCCACUUCACAAUUGGACCACAGGAGCUGGAAGAGAUGUGGUUCCACUAAAUGUGACCAGGCACUACUAUUUCGUAAGUGGCAAUGGCUUCUGCUUCAGUGGCAUGAAGAUGGCUGUUCAGGUUGAAAAACUACCUCCACCUCCCAAGGCUGCUCCGGUGGCGAGCAAGGGCAGCACUCCAUUAGCGCCUGUCUUUAGAUCCCAAUUUGUGUUGCCAGCCAUUUUUGCUAUUGGUGCAGUUUGGGAUGCAUUUCUUAGGUUCUGCUAGCAAUACACUGAGCUAAUAUUGAUGGGUGGGGAUAUCAAAAAUGAGUAAUCAGCGAGGGUAUCCAAAUCACAUUUUAGACAAUUUCUUCUAGUUAAGCUAUUGAUUUGUCCACAUUAAUCCUUGUACUUUAGGUUUUCGUGUUGGUUUUUUGGGUUUGUGAUUUGUUGGUGUUGUUUUAAUCUCAUGUUGGUGGAGUGGUUGAUCUGAAAUUAAUGGACAAUGCUUGGAUUAAGGUACUAAAUGAUGCUGUAGGUAA